CCCAGCGGCACCAUGGCCUUCCGAGGGAUCCGGGCCGGGGGGCGAGGGAGCAGCCACGCCGAAGAUCAUGGCAAAAAGCAGAGUUCAAGUUGGGUUAACGGCAUGGAGAGCAGUAGCCACCACCACCACCAGCAGCCUGGACCUUCGGGGGAGAAGAGAAACCACCAUUGGAGAAGUUACAAGUUGAUUAUUGACCCCGAGCUGAAGAAGGGACAGCAUAAACUCUACCGUUACGAUGGACAGCAUUUCAGCAAGGCUACCCAGUGCUUUCUCUCGGUGAAAAUCGAGGACCCGAGAGUCAGAAGAACAUGGACAAAAACCAAGGAGUUGGAACUUCGUGUCCCCAAAUUCAAGAUCGAUGAGUUCUACGUGGGGCCGGUGCCUCCCAAGCAGGUGACUUUUGCCAAACUGAAUGACAACAUCAGGGAAAACUUCCUGACCGACAUGUGCAAGAAAUAUGGGGAGGUGGAGGAGGUGGAGAUCCUUUACAACCCCAAGAACAAGAAACAUUUGGGCAUUGCCAAGGUGGUCUUUGCCACCGUAAAGGGGGCUCGGGAGGCCGUGCAACAUUUACACAACACCUCGGUCAUGGGCAACAUCAUUCACGUGGAGUUGGACACUAAAGGCGAAACUCGAAUGCGAUUCUACGAGUUGCUGGUGAAUGGCCUGUACACUCCCCAGACCCUCCCAGUGGGCAUCGAGCUGGACACCUCCCCAACAGCCAAUAAAACUUUGCAGUUAACGGAUGCCUUGAAGCGCCUGAAGGACGGUAGCAGUAGCGCGGCCUCGGCCGGCUCCUCGGCAUCUGUCACUCCCAACAGCAGCACGCCCUUCUCCCACGACACCGCCUAUUCCAGCAGCCGCCUGGACACCCCCAACUCCUACGGCCAGUGCACGCCGCUCACGCCCCGCCUGGGCACCCCCUUCUCCCAAGACUCCAGUUACUCCAGUCGCCAGCCCACGCCAUCUUACCACUACAGCCAGGACGCGGGCUACAAGGCCCGCCGUCACGAGACCAAAUUCACGGACGCCUACAACCGCCGGCACGAGCACCACUAUGUGCACAACUCAUCCGGGGCUUUCCGCUCCUCCGAGCACACGUUUGGUGCUGGUGCUGCCGCUGCUACGGCCACCGCCAGCGGCGGCGGCGGGGCUGGAGGGGGUGGAAGUGGCGCCUACAAGCCCCACGUGCAGCCAGAGGCCCCCCAGUAUUCCCAUACUCCCCCUUCAGCCCCCUUGGGCCACACUAGCACCAACUACAAGUCGGCCUUCUCCCCGUACCAGGCUCCGGCCCUGUUUGCCCCGCACCCCGAGGAGCCGGCGACUAUGCCGGCCUUUGCCCAGGCGGGCCGGGACGGUGGGGAGUACCGCCGGGCGCAGCCCCCGGCCGAACCCCCUGCCGUUGUUGCUUCAGCGGCCAAAGAGAGACCCGAGACUCCCCCUGGGCCACCGCCGCCGCCGCCGCCCCCCCCCGAGCUGAACAGCCUGGAGCCCGGCGGGGGCCCCAGCUUUGGCUGGAGCCCUGAGCGUUGCACCAGCCCCGGGACGCCGACCCUGGAGUCAUCUCCGCCAUCCUCGGAGAAGCCACAUGACAGCCUCGACUCCCGCAUCGAGAUGUUACUGAAGGAGCAGAGAACCAAACUGCCUUUCCUGCGGGAGCACGAUUCGGACACAGAGCUGCGCAUGGAGGGCAGCCCCAUCUCCUCCUCUUCCUCUCAGCUUUCCCCGCUGCCCGCUUUUGGCUCCAACUCGCAGCCAGGCUUCCGAGGCCAGACCCCCUCCUCCCGCCCCUCCAGCACGGGCCUGGAGGACAUCAGCCCAACCCCCCUGCCAGACUCGGACGAUGAGGAGGACCUGGGCUUGGCCCUGGGCCUGGGCCCCCGCCCCCCGCCAGAGCCGGGCCCCCCUGACCCAGCUGGUCUUCUGGGCCACGGGGCCGAGACGGCCAAGGAGCUGGCUGGGGAGAGGACACCCACCUCAGAGAAGAUGGAUGAGGGUCAGCAGUCCUCAGGUGAGGACAUGGAGAUUUCAGAUGACGAGCUGCCCUCUGCACCCAUCACCAGCGCCGACUGCCCCAAGCCCAUCGUGGUGAACUCAUCAGUCACCACCCCAGCAGUGCUGGCGACAGCCAUCCCCCUGCCACCCCCUGGCUUCCCACCGCCACUGCCGCCUCCGCCGCCCCCUCCUCCCCAGCCCGGUUUCCCCAUGCCACCCCCGCUCCCCCCGCCGCCGCCGCCACCUCCGCCCCCCACCCACCCAGCUGUAACGGUGCCGCCUCCGCCUUUGCCAGCACCGCCACCUCCCCCAGGGGUGCCCCCACCCCACAUCCUGCCCCCGCUGCCCCCCUUCCCUCCGGCCAUGUUCCCCAUGAUGCAGGUGGACAUGAUGAACGUGCUGGGUGGGCAGUGGGCAGGGAUGCCCAUGUCCUUCCAGAUGCAGACGCAGAUGCUUAGCCGAAUGAUGCAGGGUCAGGGCGUGUGCCAGUACCCUCCAUUCAUGAGUAGCGGCAUGCAGUUUGUGAAUCUGCCCCCCUACCGGCCCUUCUCCAUGGGCGCCACGGUAGGGCGGGGCCAGCAGUGGCCCCCGCUGCCAAAGUUUGACCCAUCGGUGCCCCCGCCGGGGUACAUGCCCAAGAAGGAAGACCCACACAAGGCCACGGUAGAUGGAGUGCUGUUGGUGAUCGUCAAGGAGCUGAAGGCCAUCAUGAAACGGGACCUGAACCGUAAGAUGGUGGAGGUCGUAGCCUUCCGGGCCUUCGAUGAAUGGUGGGACAAGAAGGAGCGGAUGGCCAAGGCAUCCCUGACCCCCGUGAAAUCAGGCGAGCACAAGGAUGAGGAGAGGCCAAAGCCCAAAGACCGCCUCACAUCCUGCCUGCUGGAGAACUGGAGCAAGGGCGAGGGGCUGGGCUACGAGGGCAUGGGGCUGGGCAUCGGCCUUCGAGGGGCCAUCAGGCUGCCCUCCUUCAAGGUAAAGAGGAAGGAGCCGCCAGACCCAGCCUCCACUGGAGACCAAAAGAGAUUGCGGCCCUCCACCUCAGUAGACGAGGAAGAUGAAGAGUCAGAACGGGAUAGGGACAUGUCGGACGUCCCCUCAGACCUGGCCAAGAAGGACCCGGAUGGCGUCAGUAUCCGGAGGCGGCCGGCCCGGCCCCUGGAGCUGGACAGCGAGGGGGAGGAGGAGGACGACAAGGAGGAGUCGUCUUCAUCGUCCUCGUCGUCGUCGUCCUCGUCGUCGUCGUCCUCGUCUUCGCUGUCCUCGUCGUCAUCGUCAUCCUCAGAGAAGGAGGAGGAUGAGGAGGACAGGCUGGCCAAGACCUCCUCUGACAAGGAGGACGAGGAGGACGAGGAUGUGGAUGAGGAAGAGGAGGAGGAGGAAGGGGACGAGGAAGAGGAUGAAGAAGAAAUGGCUGAGGUGGAGAUUAGUGAGAAAGAAGAGGAGCUGGGCUCUGAAGGAGAGGAUGUUGGAAGUGUGCCCUCCUCCAAGGCAGAGGCCACGUCCUCCGAAGAAAGUGAGGACUCUUCAGAUUAUGAGUCCAGUUCAGAGUCCGAGGAGGAGGAAGAGGAGGAGGAGGAGGAGGAAGAGGAUGAGGACGAGGCUGAGGCCGAGGAAUUAGCGGCGGAAGCGACAGCUGGGGAAAGCCAAGACCCGCCGGGAGCCGGGGAGCCAGCCGUGGAGGCCGGAGCGCUCGUGGAGGAUGAUGACGAGGUGGUGACCAUCCUGGAGUUGACGCCGGUGGUGGAUGAGCCAGACUUACCCAACUUGGGGGCGGAGGAGACAGCGGGAGUCGGGGAUGCCCCGGAGCUGCCAGGCCUCAAGCAGGUGGGAGAGAUGUUGGCUGAGCUCCCCAUCUCAGCCGGGCCCCCGGAACCGCCGAGGCACCUGACCCCGUCACCUGUGGAUGCUUCAGGGGAAGAGUUAGAGGCAGAGCUCAAACCUGCAGAGAUCCCCAAGGAGACAUCUUUGCGGCAGCUGCAGCGACUGCCCAGUCCGUCUGUCCUUCCCCCAGAGGCCGCACCUCAGCAGGGCAGCUUCCUGCUGGAGGCUGAGGUGGAGGGCCGGCCCCACACCCUAGGCCCCAAGGUGGUCCUUCCUCUGGAACCAGAGCCCCUUCGACUUCAGCCUCUGUUCCCUGUCAGGCCCCCCCAGCCGCUGCCUCUCCCGGAAGAGCCCCUGCAUGAAGAACACCCCCCCCGGACGCCAGGCCGGGACCCUCUGGCCAAGUCCCAGAGCACAGAGACUGUGCCAGCCACGCCGGGCAGUGACACCCCCCUCACUGCCAGCAGCCUGGCCCUCAGUUCCCCCCAGGUUCCCAGCAGCCCCUUCUCCUACCCGUCUCAGUCUCCGGGGCUCAGUGGUGGUGGCAUCCCUCGGACGCCUGGGAGAGACUUUAGCUUCACACCCGCUUUUCCUGAGCCCGUGGGGCCCCUCCCUCUGUCUGUCUGCUCCCUCCCACCUGGCAAGAAGCUCCCUGGGGAUGAUCGACCAGGGCCUGCUGCUCCAGCUUCUUCCAGCCCCCUGGAAACCAGUUUCCCCCUGCCCGUGUCUCUCCCGGUGCCCCUCCCGGUGCCCGUCCCUCUGCCAGUCCCUCUGCCCCUCCCUCCGGGUCCAUUGUUGCCCCGCUCUUCUACCUUGCUACCUCUGCCCUUGACCUUGCCCCUGGCUCUGCCUCUGGCCCCCUCCCUACCAAGCCCCUGCCCCCCUCCCACCAAGAGGAAGCCCGGGAGGCCCAAGCGCUCGCCCCCAGCUGUGCUCACCCUGGACGUGCCUCCGGGAAGGCUCGCCGCUGUGCCUCCUGAGGCGGCGGGCCCCAAGCUGCUGCUGCUGGCAGGGCAGCCCCCUGCCGCUGCCUCCUUCCACGGGGCACCAGACCCCCGCGUCGUGACGCUGGACUUCAGGAACGACGGGGGCCUUCCUCCCCCGCUCCCGCCCCCACCGCCACCCCCACCCCCGCCCAACGAGACCGCCAAGCUCCCUUUCAAAGAGCUUGAGAAUCAGUGGCCUGAGCAGCCGCCUCCCCCUGACCGCGGGCCAGAGGAGGAGGGGGAGAAUGGUGACGGAGGCGGCUUCAGCAAGCCCAAAUUGCCUUGGCGCCGGCCGCCCAAGAAGCGGCACGAGGACGUGGUCGUCCCCUCCCUGCCACCCCCUUCCCCCGACUUCCCGUCGCCCCGGCGCCCCCUCUUCCGGCCCCGCUCAGAGUUUGAGGAGAUGACCAUCCUGUAUGACAUCUGGAACGGCGGCAUCGACGAGGAGGACAUCCGUUUCCUGUGCGUCACCUACGACCGGCUCCUCCAGCAGGACAGCGGCAUGGACUGGCUCAAUGACACGCUCUGGGUCUAUCAUCCCUCCACCAGCUUCUCUACUCCCAAGAAGAAAAAGCGAGAGGACGGCAUUCGGGAGCAUGUGACUGGCUGUGCCCGCAGUGAGGGUUACUACAAGAUCGACAAGAAAGACAAACUAAAAUACCUCAACAACAGCCGCGCCUUUGCCGAGGAGCCCCCAGCAGACACCCAGUUCCGGAAGAAAAAGCUGAAAUUCUGCAAGAGUCACAUCCACGACUGGGGUCUUUUCGCCAUGGAGCCCAUCGCGGCCGAUGAAAUGGUCAUCGAGUACGUGGGGCAGAACAUCCGGCAGGUAAUCGCAGACAUGCGGGAGAAACGCUAUGAGGACGAGGGCAUCGGGAGCAGCUACAUGUUUCGGGUUGACCACGAUACAAUCAUCGAUGCGACAAAGUGUGGCAACUUUGCCAGGUUCAUCAACCACAGCUGUAAUCCAAACUGCUAUGCCAAGGUCAUCACCGUGGAAUCCCAGAAGAAGAUUGUCAUCUACUCCAAACAACAUAUCAACGUCAACGAAGAAAUCACCUACGAUUAUAAAUUCCCCAUCGAGGAUGUCAAGAUCCCCUGUCUGUGUGGCUCUGAAAACUGCCGAGGGACUUUAAACUAGGAUGCCAGGGAGCUGGGCGUGCUUUGCCAAAAAAAGAAAAAGGGAAAAAAGAAAGCCCCACCCCGGUUCAGCCCAGCCCAGCGAGUUGCUUUGGGCACAGGCUCCUAGGAGCCCAGCUCUCCCCAGCCCACCCUCAGGUGCUGUCCCUCACCCCAGGCCCCGCUCGGGGCCACCCAACACUACCCACCCUCCUGAACCCUCCCUCCCUCCUCGUCCUCCUCCUACUUGUGGGGAAAGACGCUCCCUCCCUCUCUAAUUUUUUAAUUAUCAUCUUUAAUUUUUUUAAAGUCACACAAACGUAUCCCCUCUCCCGCAAAUGCUGCUACAUUUUUUUUUUCCUCCUCCUCCUCAAAAAGACAUUUUUCACCAUUCAAAAGUGGAGCCAGAGAUGGAGGGAGAAAUAUUACGCUUUUUGGAAGAGAGAUCGGGGCACAGAGCCUGGAGGAGGAAGAAUGGGGAUCUUGGGUACCAGGACAAAGGCUGUUGGCUCCCUGCCCUCAGUAUGUUUUGGGAGCCCUCCCUUCUCUCCCCAAUCCCGCCAACGUCCAGUUCUGUAAGACCCUGCCCUUCAGCCCUGAUGUUAACCGUGGGAUGCCAGAGGAGGGAGCAGGGAGUGGGGCAUGGCCCUCUGUUCUCCUCCGUAACACUGUUCCUGCGGCCGUCACCCAAAGGUUGGUUUGGUUGAAGUCUCUGGUAGGGGAUGGACCCCUGACCAAGUGGGACCUUGAAGGCCUUGUUCCUUGGGACCUUGGAUGUUUUCUGUCCCAGUCUUGGGGAGCAGGGAAAUACUGAAAGCCAAUGGUUAAUCUCCUGCCCUUUUUCCCACCCCAGUGUCUUUCCUUUUCUCUUGCCCAGCCCCUCCCCUCCCCCCAGCUCCUCCAUCCGUUGGGAUGGCCUUCAGUGCUCACUCACUCUUCCUCUUCCUCACUCGGUCUGAGCUGGGGACCUGCAGCUAUUCAUGUGGGGUUGGGGAGGGGGGGAUCUGCUUGGCUUUUACUCUCUCUCUUUUUUUCUUGAUCUGUCUUCCUUCCCUGGUGCUGGGGAGCCGGGCAGGUGCUAUGUAUAGGUUGAGAAGUGGGACAGAACUGGGCGUGGGGGAGCCUGGCUUCUUGAGGUUCGCCUUCUCAGACCGUGUUCCUUGCCCUGGCCUCCACCUCCCACCCCAUGGCCACCCCUGGGAGGUAGCAGGGGGCAUGCCUGGAUCUCUAAAAUGUUUACUUUCUCAUUCAGAUGCCAGCAAGAAGGGGGUGAGACAGAGUGGUCAGGGUGAGGGAGGGGGUCUUCCAAAGGAAACCAGGGCCUCACCCGAGCCUCUGGCCUGCCCCCUGAUAGCCAGCAGCCAGGGCAGGGCCCUUUAGGUGCUGUGUAGUUUUCUCCCCAAGAGCCUAGGGAAGGGGACUGGCCAGGGGCCCGUGGGUGGGAGCUCCCCUAGUGCUUGGCCUGUCCAGGCUGGAUCCUUCCCUGGGAGAUAUAGUGGAAACCCAGGGGAGAAGAGGCCGCAGGGCUGCUGCCCAAGGCUAACGUGCUUCCUACCCUCUGCCCUUUUCCCUAGUUCUUCUUCCUUUCUCUGCCAUUACGGGUUGUCUUUUAUGAUAGGUGUUUCUCUUUCAGAAGACACACCACAAAACUCAUCUGCUCUCUGCUGGGAUCCCUGGGCCCGGGGACACCAUUGGGCUUCCCUCACCUCAUUGUCCACCCAUCCGUCCGUCCGUCCAUCUGUCCUAAUUACCACCAGCCUGUCUACUUCUCUGUCUGUAUCCAGGAUCCCAAGGGUGGACCAGGGAGGGAUGGGAACCCAUCUCGAAGAUAUUUAUAUUGAAAAAAAAAUGCAAACAGUUUCAUUUUCUCCCGUGAGGAAGGAAAAAGAAAACGAUUUUUUAAUGUUGGACGGAAGUCUCCAGUAGCUUUCAGUAGGUGUGUCCCCAUCCCCUCCACUCCAAAAACUUUCAGGAUUCAUUUCAAUGCUUUUUGUGUAUAGACCAGGAAAGACUAAAAGGACACAUAAAAAAAGCCACAAGCAUUUUGGAGUAAAAAUCAACGCCUCAUCUGUACAUAGGCCACUGGGAUGACCUUCUCUUGGGAACAUUGUUUCUUGUAGAAACACGUGGAAAAAAUUUUUUUUGAGGAUUUCUUUGUACUUGGGGGGGAAAGCCCCGAUAAACCCAACAACAGGGGGAAAAAAAAAACAAGUGAGUUUGUAAAUACUUUAUGAAAAAAAGGAACUUAUUAUAAUUUGGACUCGUUUUUAGCAAGAUGACAGCUUUCCCUCCGAGCCGCCUGCUGAAGCCCCAGCUCACGCGAGGAGCCGCUAGCAUCUCUCUCUCGGCUUGUGUCAAGCUUCUUACCGUGUAAAUUCUGUACAAAAAAAACCUUGGGUUUGAUUUUGUUUGGGGGUUUGGGUUUUUUUGUUUUGAUUUUUUUUUUUUUGGUUCUUUUUGUAUGUGUGCCCUGAUUGAUGUGUGUCUGUAUGUGUGUGUGUGUGUGAGUGCGUGUCCAAUUAGACAAAAUUAGCAGCAUCGAAAUGGAGGGGAAGACGCAGGCCAGCCCUAGCCCUUUCCUUUCUGUUUUGGGUUCAGGCCUUGUCUGCCAACUUAAAUGUGUAAGAGAGAGAAAAAAAAGAAUAUAUAUAUUUAUUUCACAGAAGGAAGACGUGUACAGUGUGCGGAGAAGGGUCUAUUUAAGCAAGUUCUGGAUCCCAGCCCCCCCCAACUCCCCUAAGAGAUGUUUCUCUCCCAAACUAGAUUGGGGCAAGCACUAAGGGAGAAAAGGGGGGGAGGGCAUAAGAUGGUUUGAAUGGGACCCCUCCCCCAAAUCCCUCCCCCUUCACCAAGUUGGUUCCAAGGAUGAGAGCAGGGAAGGGCCCCCUCCAUCAGAGGAGGGAGGGGAUUGUUUGCAAUAACUAAGAAAAUGCAGUCAUUUUUAGUUUGAUUUGAUUUGACAAAUUCUUUGCUUUGAAGAUUUCUGCCUCUAGGUUUUCUUUUUGUUUUUGUUUUUUUGGUUUGUUUUCUCCCCCCCUCACCAUAAAAAAAAAAAAAAGGCAAUUGAAUUUUUGGGCCAUUUUGUGUAUCUAGACCCCGCCCUCUGUACGUCACCUGUUUUUGAAGAAAAAUGUUUCUGUUGUGGGUGCAUCUUGCUGUAAAUACUUGUUCAUAUUUUUGUGAAUUCAAUACUAUGUACCAUUGUAUUAUAGUAACUUUUAUAAAGCAAACCCUAAAUAUACUGACUUUUCUUACAGAAA